GGAAGUAGUUGUUGUGUUGUUGUUGCACCACAGCUGCUGUCAUGUGAUAGCCUCACUCAGAAGCUGCUGUGGACAGUAGAUUCCUACUUUUGUAUGGGGCCGUAGUAACAACAGUAAGAAACAAACAAAGCUUUAUGUUUGCAGGGGAAGAAGAGCUCUGCUCGUUUCUGAAGGAGCGCAGGGAAGCCGGGGUAGUUUAGUUUCAGCCUUGGACGUUGCCAUGGGUUGCUGUUACAGUGGCGAGGACGACAACUCCAGGGAGAAGAACAGUGAAACGGAGUCACUAAUACCCCAUCCGAACCCUGUCAACAAACCUCCAAAUGGGACCGACUGGAUCACUCCCAGUGUUCCCUCUGCACAGGCAACUGAGCAGGCUAUCCUUACAUCCAUCCUCACGAAGGCCGCACAGAAUAUCAUUGAUGUCUCUGCAACGGAAUCAGUGGUUAUGGAGCAGCGUGAAUACAUGGACAAAGCUAGACAAUACAGUUCAAAGUUGGCUGUGUUGAGCACCAACCUGCCCCCAAAGAAAGCAGACACUCUUCCCUCUCUAACUAGCCAGCCCCACCAAGUUCUUGCAAGUGACCUGGUGCCAUAUUCAGAUGUUCAGCAGGUGUCUAAGAUAGCGGCUUAUGCUUACAGUGCAAUCUCUCAAAUCAAAGUGGAUGCUAAAGAGGAACUGGUGGUCCAGUUUGCCAUUCCCUGAUUCUGAGACUCUGAACCUGCAUAUCGUUGCUCCCAUCCUUCUCUCUCUCCCUUCUGUCACUCACUCACUCUGUCAGUCACUCCAGCGUCAUCAUCCUUCAGCCCACGUUUUAUUAAAAGCUAUUGAUCCUUGUUAGAUGUGACUCUUAAAGACUGACUGUGCAUAAUUUCACUCUGUACUUAAGUGAAAUUAUUAAAGGACACUGGUGCUUGUCAGUCAUCAUUUGAGAAACCGAGGAUGGACAUGGUUGUAUUCUUCAUCAAGAACACCACUGUGUGUGAAUCAUGGCUCAGUUAAGCUAGGCGUGGGAAAAAUUGAAAAGAUUUAUUCCUCUUUGAUUUUUUAAUAAAUAGGAUUUUCACGGCCUUUCUGUUCAACCUCAAGGUUUAACUUCACACCAUGGCAGAAUCACCUGUAACAGAGCCACAGUGAGAAACUCGACUCGUGGUUUAUUCACUGAAACCUCACAGGUUCAACUUUAAUUGUGUUCAUUUUGUCCACCACAACUUAAGAGGUCGCUAUAAUUUAGCAGGUUGUAGCUGAGUCUCUUCUAAUCUGGGAUCAGCAUCAACAGCCAUCACAUCAGCCUGGCUGUAGUUAUGUUUAAAUCUGAACAGGUAACAUCAAUUUAACCAUUUCAAACCGAAUCCACACCAUGAGUGAGCCGUUAACGGUUGAUCUCUGGUGUGUGAGAACACACACGGAGGGGAGAGUGGUGGCUGCAGGACGGCUUCCAGGAUGUCACCAGGAAUCCUUUAGGCCUCCCUGGAGCCUUGAGUUUACAGAGAUGUUUGACCUCAGACGUGGAGACGGGUGUGGAGGAUGCAGGGAUGUACGUUGUGUAUUCCUGCCUUUGUAUAGAAUUUUUGAUCAACUUUAUUAACAGUUUAAGGAUUGUGUGAAGUGCUCUUUAUUGAAGGUUAAUUGAAAUAGGACUUUUUAAAUGAAACAGCCAUGACUUUUGGAUAUUCAGCUAUGAUCCUUAAUCAACUGCAUUAAUCUGAAGCUUGACGUAGCAGCGUGGCCAUGAGCGUGACAUGAUAAACUAGGUGCCCUAGACGGAUUCAAUCCCAGACUUUUUCCUGAUUGUUUAUAUUUCUGGUUUUAUAAAUGUCUGCUGUCUCUCUGGAGGCAAGCGCUGUGAGCUGAUGUGGAACUGCUAAAGGGAUGCUCUGCAAAAGGCUGCGAUUAUUCAUACCACACAACUGAUCCAGGAGGCGGGGGAGAUAUAUUUAGGCAUCUUUUUCUGUUAACAAUGGAAGACUGUUUGUAAUAUCUUAGGCUUGUACCAAAAAGUUAUAAAGUUUUGUUUGUUUUUGGUUAAAUCAGUUCAUUAAAAACAUUCAGUAAA